AUGAAGGGCUUGCUUACAUUUCUGGCCGCCGCCAGCUGUGUGGUGGUUCAGGCAGCAAACUUGGCACCCGCUCCUCUGAGACUGCUGGCUCGACAGGCCGAAGAUGUUGACCCAACAGAGCUCUACCCAGCCCAUUAUCUUGACGUCCCUGUGGACCAUUUUCACAAUGCGUCACGGUACGAGCCUCACUCGAACAAGACUUUCAAGCUCCGGUACUAUUUCGACGCGACAUACUACAAGCCUGGAGGUCCUGUCAUAGUCCUGCAGAGUGGCGAGACCGACGCCAGCACGCGCUUGCCGUAUCUCCAGAAGGGAAUCGUCUACCAGCUCGCAUCAGCAUUGAACGGCAUUGGAGUCAUCCUUGAACACAGAUACUAUGGAAAAAGCUUCCCCACCCCAGAUCUAUCGACUAAGAAUCUGCGCUUCUUAUCAACGGACCAGGCUGUGGCCGAUCAAGCGUACUUUGCCUCGAACAUCGUCUUUCCGGGGCUGGAAGAUCAGAACUUGACCGCGCCUGGUACGGCAUAUCUGGCUUACGGUGGCUCUUACUCUGGAGGGAUUGUAUCAUUCUUGCGGAAGCUGUAUCCAGACAUCUACUGGGGCGCCAUCUCUUCCUCGGGAGUCACUGAGGCACAAUACGACUAUUGGCAAUACUACGAGCCGAUCCGCCAAUACGGUCCCCCCAAGUGCAUUGCCACUCAGGUGAAACUGAUCAACAUUCUUGACAACAUCCUUGAGAAGAACAAUGCAACGACUGUGGCUCAGCUGAAGCGGGGAUUCGGCAUGCAGGGUCUGACUCACAGUGAUGAUCUGGCGAAUCUCGCAUCAGGUGGAAUCGGCGGGUGGCAGUCUAGGAAUUGGGACCCGGAGGUCAACAGUCCGCAGUUCAGCUCCUACUGCGGCAACAUCUCCUCGAACACCCUGCUGUGGCCAAAGUACGCGUCGAUGAAGGCCGAUGCCACGGCUCUCAUCAAAGCCGGUGGUUGGGGCAAUGAAAGUGCGCAAUUGCUCAUUCCAUUCCUCAACUGGCUUGCUUGGACCAAUAACAGCUACGUCGACUCGUGCGAUGGUACCUUGGACGAGUGCUAUAACAACCAUAAUGCCUCAGCACCGAUGUACACGCUCAAGAACACGACCAACUAUAACUCUCUAUCCUGGGCGUACCAGUACUGUACCGAAUGGGGCUAUAUUCAAGACGGAGCUAGUGUGCCAAAUGACCGCCUUCCGUUGAUCUCUCGUCUCUUGACCGUCAAAUACCUGACCAACGUUUGCCGGCUUGCAUUCAACAUCACCAAGCCACCCAACGUGAACGCAAUCAACAAGUACGGCGGCUUCAACAUCUCUUACCCUCGCUUGGCGACCGUUGGUGGUGAAGCCGACCCUUGGCGUCCGGUCACUACGUUGGCCACGCUGCCCGAACCGGACGUGCUGAACAAGACCAGCACGGCAAGCGAGCCCGUCAUUCUCAUCCAGGGAGCUGUCCAUCAUUGGGAUGAAAACGGGUUGUUCCCGAAUGAGACGACAGCUAAUUUGCCGCCAGCGCCCGUAGUCAGCGCUCAGAGGGCGAUUGUGCAGGCUGCGAAGGGAUGGAUGGCCGAGUGGAACGCGACCAUGUCAUAA